GCGGUGCCUUCGCGGUGCUGCCGGAAGGCGGGACUGUGGCUCCGCACUGCGAUCUGUCGGUCGCACAGCUGGAAGGCGCUCCAGCUGCGAGCCGAUGGCCGAGCUCAGCGGCACGCCAACACACACCCACACCAAGUCGCUUCCGAGUGCGUCAGCAUCACAGCACUUUGUAUAGGCAUUUUUUUUUUUUUUUAAAUCUCUCAAGAGCUGAUAAGAAUUAUUAGAAAGAAGCAGCCGCAUGACCCGACAGAACAACAAGUACCAACUCUGAGGAGAGGAGCGAACCGAGCGGAAAUCGCCUGAUGACUCGUUGUGCAUUCCGCCUGUGAGCGACCAGCAGGUCCCUGAGCUCCCAGUUGGUGGCCGAGCUGACGAUGUGAUGUGAGGCUAAACUCAUCCACCACUGUUCCCUCUGCAGCCCGUCCUCCCCGGAGCAUGGGACCCCGCGAACUCUGAAGUGAGCACCACAAGAUUUCAACCAGACUGGAGGAAGCGAGGUGAGCACAGAGAAUGGAGGGAACCAUGGAGUCCAUUCUAUCAGAGCAGUCUGCCACGGUGGAUGAGCUGGUGGAGGCCUGCAUCCAAGCCUUCGAUGAGAAAGGCACUUUGAAGGAUGCUUCCCUGGUCCGCAUGUUCCUCAUGAUGCAUCCCUGGUACAUCCCUUCCACCGACAUGGCCAGGAAGCUUGUGCUUCAAUCCCGAGAGGAGAGCUGCACCGAGGAACGUCGAACGAGAAUAUGCCACCUUGUCAAGUACUGGAUCUCUGAGUUCCCUGCUGAGUUCAAUCUGAACCCCGAGCUGGAGGAGCAGAUCAAAGACUUUAAAGACCUCCUGACCACCGAAGGCAACGAGAGACAGAGUCAGCUCAUCGACCUGGACAGCGUGCCGUCGUAUAAAUGGAAGCGGCAGGUGACUCAGCGUGUCCCAUCUGUGUCUAAAAAGAGGAAAAUGUCUCUGCUGUUCGACCACCUUGAUUCAUCUGAGCUGGCAGAGCACCUGACCUUCCUGGAGUACAAAUCCUUCUGCAAGAUUCUGUUUCAGGACUACCACAGCUUCGUGAUGCACGGCUGCACGGUGGACAACCCCAUCCUGGAGCGCUUCAUCACGCUCUUCAACAGCGUCUCCCAGUGGAUCCAGCUCAUGGUGCUCAGCAAGCCCACCGCCCAGCAGAGAGCAGCUGUCGUCUCCCAUUUCAUCAGGGUGGCGCAGAAGCUGCUUCAGCUGCAGAACUUCAACACCCUGAUGGCGGUGGUGGGCGGCCUCAGCAACAGCUCCAUCUCCCGUCUCAAAGACACCCAGAGCCACAUCAGCGCCGAGACCAACAAGGUUUUUAACAACCUCAUCGAACUGGUGACGUCAUGCGGAAACUACAGCCAGUACCGCAAACGCUUCUCCGAGUGCUCGGGCUUCCGCUUCCCCAUCCUCGGCGUGCACCUGAAGGACCUGAUAGCCGUGCACGUGGCGUUGCCGGACUGGGCCGACAAGGAGAAGACGCGUGUGAACCUGGCCAAAACCCAGCAGCUUUACGCCAUCCUGCAGGAGCUGACCCUGAUCCAGACCACUCCGCCGAACAUCGAGUCCAACACCGACCUGCUCAACCUGCUCACCGUAUCACUGGACCAGUACCACACUGAGGAGGAGAUCUACCAGAUGUCUCUACAGAGAGAACCACGCAAGCCAGCUCAGAACUCCAGCCCUACCCCGGCGCCUGAACCUAAGUCCACUAUGAUUGAUGAGUGGGCCGUGUCGGUGAAACCCAAUGCUGACCCGACGAUCAUUAAGAAACACAUCGAGAAGAUGGUGGAGAGUGUCUUCAAGAACUUUGACACGGAUGGUGACGGCCACAUCUCCAGGGACGAGUUUGAAGCGAUCAGGAACAAUUUCCCUUACCUCAGCAAGUUUGGAGAGCUGGACAAGAACCAAGACGGGAAGAUCAGCAGAGAGGAGAUGAUCGACUACUUCUUGAAAGCCAGUUCUCUGCUGAACUGCAAGAUGGGCUUCAUCCACACCUUCACAGAGACCACCUACGUGAAGCCAACGUUCUGCGAGCACUGCGCUGGCUUUAUAUGGGGCUUUUACAAACAAGGCUACAAGUGUAAAGGUAAGACAACAAUUCUCCGAGAAGAUGUUCUUGUUCCACUUGGAAGGCUGCCGCCUCCUGAGAAUCUCUUGAUCCCAUUGAUCUCCCCUCUAACUCAUACGCAUAUACAGAGUAAAUGUCAAGAACACACAGAGCCACCAUCUCAUCAGCUGUACAGGAUCAGUCUGUUUUACUCCAUGUCCACACGUAAAGCCUGGAUUUGCCCUUCCGGGCCUCCAUACAGACUUGUGUUUGACACACACAUACACACACACACACACACCUCCAACAUCUCCUCUCCCUUCAACACUCCCUUCAUAAACACUGACUUAGCCUUCUUCUUUGCACUGGGGAGAGGCUGUCAGUGGUUUGUGCCAAGUUGGUGAUGAACUGCAGAUGCUAUACUCUGGAAAUAACUUAACACUGCGAAUGGAAUGUGAGGAAAAACUUAGGGAGUGAUGGCAGAUCUCGGGAAGAUUUUCGUCUGCUGCGGUGUUAGCAGGAGGCGAUUGAAGACAAAUGACUGCUCUGCUAGUUUACACCCAGAGUGGCUCGGACGAUUAGCUCAUUAGCUUGCAAAAAACAGGUCCACCUCUGUUCAGUAAAUUCUCCAAACUUUGCAAUGGGGAAGAAUUCUACUGAGUCUUUUCUGGAAAAAAAACAGGGAUUUCCUUAUCGUCCACAUGUAAUUUCGGUAUUAACUUUCUCCUCAUUCAUUUCGGCCUUCAGGUUUGCUAACUGUUGCUUAUUAAAUCGCUGGCAAGCCUUCAUCAAACAUUUCCGUCGCAUAGCAGCCAGAGUAAUUAGUGUUCGCUGGGGUCAUUAGACGCAGUUUUCACAACGCUCUGCACCUCGAAUGUAGGAGACAAGAAAAAUAGACGUGUUUACUCAAAGGCUGAUUUGUUCAUUAGCACAAACUAAUCCCAGAAGUAUUCCAAAACCUUUGAACUUUUCCACUUUUUUUUCACGUUACAAACACAAAGUAGUCCCGGAAUGUGAGGCAAUAGGGAAACUGUGAUUCUAUAAACCUUCUAGGAAUAAAUGACUGGAAAGUGUGGAUUGGCGGUUUGCAUCUAACUGUGCAGUUUAGGUCAAAAUGUGUUCAUAGUUGAUUUUACUAUAGAUUAUGUGGAAGAACUUGUACGUUUUGGAUUUGCUAGAUGUUCUCCAUGCACUUUCAGAUGUUUUGCUAAAAAUGUCAAAAGAGUGAAAAAAAAA